AUGACCGACCCCGGUCGGCCGCAUCCCUCGUUCGCGUCCACGGCGCCCCGUCACGCGCGCGCGGAUGCCCACGAGCGGAUCGAACGCGCGUCGUCGUCAUCGAUCGCCCGCACCGUGCUCAUCCCCGCCGUGCGCGAGUCCCUCGCUUCAUCGCGCGACGAGACGUACGCGCGCGUCGCCGGUCGCACGCCCAGGUUCGCUCUCACGUUGUUGAGCGACAAGGCGUUCGCGAACGGGUUCAGCGGGGCGAUCGCGGGCACGGUGGCGGCCGCGGUGGUGUGUCCGCUGGACGUCCUAAAGACGCGUCUGCAGGUGAGCAGCGCGGUGCGGGACGCGAGCGCCGGAGAUAAGUACCUGAGCACGUACGGGGCGCUGAAGCGAAUCGUGCGACACGAAGGGGUAGUUGGGUUGUACAGGGGUUUGGGGCCGACGGUGGCGGCGCUGUUGCCGAAUUGGGGGGUGUACUUUAGCGCGUACGGGGCGCUGAAGCGCGUGUUGAGUCCGCCUUCGAGCGCGCGGACGGAUGGCGGUGACGUGGGGACGAGUGGAGCGGACGAGAACGGUGCUGGAGAGGUGAAGGAAGCGAAUCACUUCGCGCACGUACUCGCGGCGGCGGGCGCGGGGGCGGCGACUAUUUUAGUGACGAAUCCGUUGUGGGUGGCGAAGACGCGGUUGCAGGUGCAGCACUCAAAGGCGCUCGCCGGGGCGCUUCCGAAGCGGGCGCAUUACACGUCCACGGUGGACGCGCUCACGCGAAUGGCGCGAGAGGAGGGAUUACGCGGGUUGUACAGCGGUUUCGGUCCGUCGCUCAUAGGGAUCGCGCACGUCAUCAUUCAGUUUCCACUCUAUGAGUCCAUCAAGUUUGACAUCGCUCGUCGAAGAGAGGUUCCCCUCGACGACAUUGCGCCCACGGAUUUGAUGCUCGCGAGCGCAGUAGCGAAGAUGAUUGCAUCGACAAUGACGUAUCCGCACGAGGUCAUCCGUUCGCACAUGCAUGUGCACGGACUCGGCCCAUUUCGCGGCAUCGGCUCGCUCGUGGCGAGCAUUUACCGAGACGGAGGCGUCGUCGCCUUCUACCGAGGAUGCGGUACAAACCUCAUCCGCACCACCCCCGCCGCCGCCAUCACCUUCACUUCUUUCGAGCUCGUCUCUCGUGAGAUUGAAAAGCUCGUCAACGCCGCUGGAGAUAUCGUCUGA